AAAAAUGUUUGGGUGUAAGAAAUAAUUUAGAAAACAUUGGAGGGUACCUCUUGCAAUUAACUAAGAAUGCUUUUGACAUUAGAUUCAUGGACACACUAUUCACUCUCUUGCACGGGCCGCUCAGCAACCAGAGCUUCAUACUUGGCGAGUUAGCCAUGAACUCAAAAAACCCACCAUUCUAACAAGGUAAGAAAGUCGACAAAAACUAUUGUAGUCAUUGGAACUUCUGUUGUGCUUAUUUGUUGAAUCUCUAUCAAGCUCUAGACGUUAUUUCUUUCGAGUUAGCCAUGAACCAUUUGCGCAAACUCCAAAUUUUGAAGAGGGUUUCUCCCAAUUUUGUUGGUAGAUGCAGAAACCCAAUAUGGCAAGUGGGUUCUUUGUGCUACAUUGUAGAAAACCCUAGGUUCUAUGGGACAAAAACAACGGUUCAAAAUGAGAAUUUGGAUAGAAAUUUGAUAGGUAAUGAUCAAAGCAUUAGCAAAAUCUCUGAUGCAGCUAGAAGGGAAGCCCAGGCUUCAACUGCAUUACUGGAGUAUUUGCACUCCACUAGAAGUUUUCAGUUUUUGGAUGCAGAGCAUAUGAGCAAAUACUCACCUGUUUUUGUUAAAAACCUACUAAAGAAGGUUAAUAUUGAUGCAGAUAUUAGGCGGUCCAUUACCCGUUACUUGCGUUACCACCCGAUUAAUGAAUUUGAGAUUUUCUUUGAAAGUAUGGGUUUAAAACCUCAAGAGUAUAGUUCUCUUCUUCCACGUGAUCUGAUGUAUUUGAGUGACGAUGAUUUGCUGCUUGAGAAUUAUCAUGUGAUGUGUAAUUAUGGGAUUGCGAGAAAUAAGAUGGGAAAGAUUUAUAAGGAAGCAACAGAAGUUUUUCGAUAUGAUUAUGGGGUCCUGGCAUUGAAACUCAAAGCUUAUGAGAAGCUGGGGCUUAGCUCUUCUUUUAUAGCCAAGGUGGUUGUCCGUAGCCCUGAUCUUUUGAUUGGAGAUGCGAACAUUGACUUUAUCAAGAUAUUGGAGUUAUUGAGGAAAGGGGGACUUGAGUACCGUAGAAUUGAGAAGCUUUUGUCGGAUAAGAGCACUUACAACUGGAGCCAGUUGCUUUCACUUCUAAACUUAUUUGGCAAGGCAGGUUACAAUGAUGAGCAGUUAAGUGAGCUGAUAACCCAGAAGCCAUGGAUUCUGCGUGAGGAUUCAGUGGAUAGGGCUCUUUUGCUAAUUGGGCUCCUGCUUAAAUUUGGAUCCACGAUGAACCAGAUAUGUUCCUUGUUUCUGCAGUUUCCCAAGGUACAGGUUGAGAAAUUUGCCUCAAAUUUGAGGCAUUGCUUUCUGUUCUUGAAUGAGAUCAAUAUGGAGGCAUAUGAGAUUGGGAAGCUUUUUCGUUCUCGCCCUAUAUUUAUAGGUUCAUUUACGUUGAAGAAAACCAACAGUUUGCUUUCUCGUCUGAAUGCUGGGAAGAAGCGAAUUUGUGAAGUCAUCCAGGAGAAUCCAGAAAUUAUGAAGAAAUGGGUGAAGGGAUCAAAAAUUGAAUGGUUACCAGACUCGGGUGAGGAACUAAGAUCUCAAAUGCUGAAGACUAAGUUCUUCUUAGACUUGGGAUUUGUAGAGAACUCAGAUGAAAUGAAAAGAGCACUUAAGGUUUUCCGGGGCAGAGGAGCAGAGCUUCAGGAGAGAUUUGAUUGUCUUGUGAUAGCUGGUUUGGAUAGAAAGGAUGUUUGUGAAAUGAUAAAAGUAUCCCCUCAAAUUCUUAAUCAGAAAAAGGAAGUUAUUGAAACGAAGAUUGAUUUUCUCAUAAAUGAUUUGGGUUUUCCCGUAUCAUCUUUGGUCAGAUUCCCUUCCUAUCUCUCUUACACAAUGCAAAGAGCUAAGCUUAGGUUAACAAUGUAUACUUGGCUCAAAGAGCAGGGAAAAGUUAAUCCUAUGCUUUCCUUCAGCACUAUAGUUGGUUGCACAGAUAAUGUGUUCCUUAGUCAGUAUGUAGAUCGUCAUCCUAGAGGCCCAGAAAUUUGGGAGGAUUUAAAGAAAGAAAUUUGUUCUGCAUAGAAGCCAUCUGCUGCACAUAACUUGUAUUUCCAUGCUUCUGCCUCUGUUAAUUGCCUAGUCUGAAGAUGUUUGAUUCUUUUAUUCUUACAAGCCAGAAAUUUUUAUUGAUGUUGUUGUAUUCAGACAUCUUAUAUUGAAGAUAAUACAACGUUUUUCUCUCCUGAGUUCUCUUGGAGCACCUUCUACAUAUCCUGCACAAUCUCAGAUUUCCUAUUUACCAGCUGCCAUGGAGAAAGACCCCUUCUACUUUGACCAGUAACACCUCUGGGAAUGGCAGGUAGUCAUACUACCUUCAUAAACAAUGAGCUAUUUGCAGUGGAAUCUUGAAGUUGGUUGUGUAUUUGAGUUUGGUUUUGUGCUUUUGUUACAUGCAAGACAGUGGAAGCUGUAAAGAAGGCCACAGAUGAGAUGCACAAGGAAUGAACUAUUAUUGUGAAGCGUUCCUAUACCCGCAAGAGCAAAUCUAGACAAAUGCAGUGCUGUUCUCUGCACCAACUGCAGCAGCAGGAUGGAUGCAGGAGUUCAAGCAUCUGCUGACAGCGUUACCCAUGUAGUGCACUUAUCCUCAGAAAUUUGCAUCACAUCCUGAUCUUUCUAAUCCAAGCCCUCCAGUAGAGUUGCAAUGAAGAGAACUCGUGCUUCCCCAGUGCAGUGGUUAAUGUCAUCGAGUUGUGAUGAUUUGAUGACAUAGGAAGUCCUGGGAACCUUAGAAUGGCUAAGAAACCGAAAUUUCGAUACUUGAUGUAUUCUUUUUUCCUUUCCAUUUUACCAUCUCAAUGCAUUAUAAUUAUUAACCGGGUAAUUUUAGGCAACAACAUGAAUUUUCCCAUUGCAAUGUAUCUUUAUACUUUCUAAUUGGAACCUGUUUAUUUCUGAACAAUAUUGUUGACAGUAAAAUAUAUAUUAUUCUCAAGUUUUCGUGUGAUAGUAAUAAGAUGAGAAAAUUGUACCUUUUGUGAUAAAAA